AUGUCUGAUAACGAGGAAUAUUACGAUGAAUUCGACGAUGAUGAUAUCUUCUGGAUCGAGGAGGCAGACCCGACUGUUGCUGACGAUCUAGCCGCGGCCGCUACCUAUGAUCCUAACUUCCUCGACGACCCUUCGCUCGAAACCGCAGAAUUCUACAGCGAUUGGGAAGAUUUAUCCGAUGAUUAUUACGACGAAGACCCUACUGCUGUCCGCCGACUGCGCGCCAUGGGCGCUUGGCCGACGCAGGACCCGAUUGAUAUCAGCGCACCUCCUAUGAAACGCAGAAAAGCCACGAAUAACACCUCGACCGACCCAGCCUCGUUUCAAGGUGUCGCAUGGAAACAUCCCGAGGAUAAAACGAAUGCCGUUGAGAUUUAUGCUCCGGGUGACGGGGAAAAGGUCUCCCUGCUGAAAAACUGGAGGGAGGUAUUCCGAAACGCGAAACCAGCGAUUGGACGCCUGCGGGGCCGGAUACCACAUCCAAAAGCAUCCGGUACGGCUUCGGCGGAACAGAGCGAGUCUGACCUUGAUGUCCCAUCGUUGGUGGAAGAUAUCUGCGAAGACGAAAUAAUUUCCUCGGAUGCUCCAUCCGCUAAGUCUUAUUCGGCGCCAGUUAAUGCGCAGGAGACUGUGGAUUCGCCAUCCCAACCACCUGCGCAUUUGCAUAAAGGCAGGUAUAGGAAUCUCAACGGUAGUACUGUAGAUUCGACCAACGAGGACGGGACAUCUGCAACCAAUGAAUUCACUACCGAUACCAAGACUGAAAAGAAAACCAAAGAGCCUACAACUCCCCGAGGGGGGCGGAAACGCAAGGCCUCGGUUUCAGUGGACGAGCAGCCAGGCCAGUCUAAGAACAGCCCGCCCAAAGCGAAGCGGGCAGCGACGUCAAAGGCAUCCGGGGCUAAAAAUCCCCCGCCUGCGUCGGCUGCUCCCGUUCGCCGAUCAGCGAGGCAAAGAAAAUGA